AUGGCAAGCCGUUUGGUACAACCUGUAAGUGCCGCCCGUGGUCGAGGACAUGCCCGUCUGCUCGGCCAUGGCGUAUACCCGUGUGAGGAGUGCAACUGGUCGCCCAGAGAUGCUCAUGCGGCACGUCAUGCACGUCAAGCAGCGGUACACGUGCCGCGAGUGUGGAAUAUCGCUUUCACGGUCCGACGACCCGAUCAGAUACUAGCGGACACACACCGGAGAAAACCGUUCGAGUGUUUGCAAUGUCCCGUAAGCAUUUGCCGUCGGGACACGAUCUCCAAGCACGCGUGCUUGCAAACACAAUAUCACGUGAACUCAGAGGUCGAACUGGGCCGAUAA